CUUCACUCGCGCAAACAUGGCGGACUCCCUGUUGCAGCGGCGUGCCCUCGUCGCGGCCUCGAUCGCCAUCGCAGCCUGCGCCGCCGCCGGCCUAUGGCUGACACGAGGCCACUGGGGCGCCGCGUUGCAGCUGCUGAGGCAGGAGGCGGAGCGGCGGCGCGAGGAGGCGCCCGGCGCAGUUGCCGCCUGCUGCGUCCUCGUCGUCGCUCUCUGGGUAAUCCUCCUCAUCCCAUCGACGCCGAUCGAGGUGACGAUUGCCUACCUGUACGGGCUGAGGCUCGGCUUCCCUCUCGUCUACCUCGGCAAGGUGCUCGGCUGCCUCUCCGCGUUUGCAAUCGGCCGCUCCUGCCUGCGAGACUGCUGCGAGCGCCACGUCCGCAAGACGCGGCUGCUGCGAGCCGUCGAAGGCGCCGUCGCCAAGGAGCCGCUUCGGAUCGCCUUUCUGUCGCGCGCCGCCUACCUCCCCAUCGCGUUCAAAAACUACGGCCUCGCCGUCCUCGACCUGCCGUGGAGCGCCUUCGUGGCCGCCUUGCUCACCGUCGAGGUCUGGAACUCGCUCCAGUUUGCUCUCAUCGGCUCCGCGGCUCGCUCGGUCGGCGGCGGCAGCGGCGGCGGUGGCGGCGGUGUUGGCGGUGGUGGUGGCGGCGGCGGAAUCCCCACCGGCCUCGCCAGCGGCGGCGGCGG